UAAGAAGAAGUAAUUAUUCUAGACAUUUCCUGUUUCUCGAGCACGAAUCCGUAGUAAUGACAACAAAAUAACAACAACAAAAAAAUCCCACCCAUCCAUUUUCUCCCCAAAAUGUCUAAACUACAACAGAUCAAUGUGUUUCUCAACGAAAAAUUAACAGCAGUUCCUUUGGAGAUAUCCGUAGUAGUUAAAAAAACGAUCGCAGAGUACCAGGAAGAAAUCUACCGUUUGAAACGGGCGAAUGCACGUCUACGAAGACUGCUGGACUUGGUUUUCAAACCAGAGAUAAAAUUGCAUAGAUUAGCAGACCUCCAGCAGCUCACUCUCACUGAAGAGGUUGUUAACCCUGAGCGACAGCACUAUGAGCAGGAAUGGAGCGCCAGUUUGGGGCCAGUCGAGUCUGAUGCCGAAGAGUCUAUAUGGAACUCUAUCAACACUACAACUGUAGAGAACCAAACAGAAUUUGAUGGUGAGCGCUACAGAGAGUCCGACUCAACCAGUGAAUAUCAGCCCCCAUCUGAAGUAAAUCCAGAAAGUGACAACGAUGAAAGUGAUAAUGUAAAAGAGGAUGAAGUGGAAAAUAGAAUACGACUGUCACGGUUAAAGCCUCUUAAAUCAAAGAGAGGAAGAGGACGGCCAAGGAAAGAAGCCAGGGAGUUGCCUGAUCUGAAAUGUGACUUGUGCGGAAAAUGCUUUGCGACAGCAGGUGGUCUGAGAAGGCAUCAACAAAAUUUGCACGGUGAAGAGAGACCAAAAGGACAGCCGAAGAAAGAAAACAGUGAGUUGCCUGACCUCAAAUGUGAUGUGUGCGGAAAAUGCUUGGCGACAGCACGUAGUCUGAAAAGGCAUCGACAAAAUCGCCAUCUUGAAGAGAGACCAAGAGGACGGCCAAGGAAAGAAACCAGUGAGUUGCCUAAUCUGAAAUGUGACGUUUGCGGAAAGUGCUUUGUGACAAGACGUGGUCUACAAAUGCAUGGGAAAAAUAGGCACAGUGAAGAGAGACCAUACAUGUGUGACAUAUGUGGACAAGGUUUCAUCUUGAACUGCUACCUGAUCCGCCACAUGAAGACUCACACGGAGGAGGGACAACAUUGCUGUACCGUAUGUGGCAAAUGUUUCAAUCACAAGAAUAACCUGAAAAAUCAUAUGGGUACUCAUACAGGGCCGUCUUUUAAAUGUGAUUUGUGUGGAAAAUCCUUGACAACAAAAGGAAGUCUGAAACUCCAUCAGCAAAAUCACACUGGGGAGAAAUCCUAUCCGUGCAAAGAGUGUGACAAAUCCUUCAGCAUAAAGGCAAGCCUGGUAUUGCAUAUGAGGACUCAUACAGGGGAGAAACCAUUCCGGUGCAAAGAAUGUGGCAAAUGCUUCAGUGACAAGGGAACCCUUACAAAGCAUAUGAUGACUCACACAGAGGAGAAACCACAUCGCUGCAACGAAUGUGGCAAAUGCUUCAGUCUGAAGGGAAGCCUGACUGCGCAUAUGAAGGUUCAUACAGGGGAGGGAGUUCAAUGUCAUUUGUGUGGAACUCACUUGAAGUUAGCAUCAAGUCUGAAAAGACAUCUGCGAACUCACAGAAUAAAUAUUCACAAUGACUAAGAACAAGAAACAAUGCCCCUUGUGUAAAAUGUGUUAGAUGGAAGAGACUACUAAGAGGACAUACCACUCAGGUAUGCUCUUGGUAAAAAGUACACUCCGCUAUCUUGGAAUCUGUUCAAUGGUCAUUUUAAUUCAUAUAACUUACUCAUUGAUUGUUGAAGAUUUUUAUUUUGGGGGAAAAUGUAUUUAUUUAAAUGUACUGUAUUUAGGUACAUUUUCCCAUUCUAUAUACACUAAUAUGGCAGCUUAAUUACUUUAAAUCAUUUUGAUAAUUAAGUGUGCCACCAGCAGGAGUAGUAACACCAAUGAUACAUUUUAGGUCAAUGAGGAGUUUCUGAAAUUGAGGCCACAGAUUCGAAAUUCUAAGAUCAUUAACCCUUUAAAAAUAAUACAUGUGAUAUGAUUAAUCAUUUUUCUCACAAUGUAAUUUCCUUUAAAUUAAAUUGAGUUACACCAAGUGACACUGGAUUUAGACACCAAAUGAUCAAUGGAAUCCUCAAAAUAUAUUAAAUUCUAAAAGGAUGUGAUUGGCUAAUAAUUUUGUUUAAUAUAGACCCCUCCCCCGAUAACAAUGGAGGGAAUGCUCAAAGUCCUUGUAUAUACUAGUAUUGAGUGAUUUCCAAGAUGUUCACACCAAUUACAAAAACCUGAGGGACACAUGUUAUAUUGGUAAAAAAAUAUAUUAUUGAUCUACAGUGCCUUGUGGUGAUUAAUUUCUGUAUUAUCAAAUGAGGAGAGACAGACUUAUCACACAAGUCAGAGUUAUACUUAAACUACAUCUUUAUUGGUGAGAGCUCUGCAAUAGCGGUGGCUUGUCGACGAACCACCCUCAGCUGAUUCGUUGAGAGCCACGACACAAAGGCUACUGAAAUCUUUUAUAGCAAAGAUCCACCCCCUAGUCUACAUAUCAAACAACAGAUGUGUGGAACGGGUCAUAAGGUGAGACUUGAUAAAUGAGAAUGGAGUAUCCCACAGCCAGAUAGCAUUUGCUAUAAAUUCUGUUCUUAUCGUUCAGUUUGGCCCCUAAGACGAGGCUCCGAUCUCAUUCUUGGUACUUCAUAGCACAAAAACACCAACUCAUUCUAUGGCAUAAAUCAAUUGUCAACUCCAGAUACCCGCAUCUCAAGUAAAACCUCUUCUUGACCACACGCCUGGACAAGCUCACUGAGAGAACUGAGCCUCUAGGUCAUACACUAUCCCAGGAUAGGUGCAACAUCAGAGAUGUCAUACAAUGGUUCCAGACACUACCCCACAACACUACCCCACACAUCUGUUGUCUCAAACCUUAUCUCCCCCAAGGCCAAAGGAGGGAGUGACUGGCACACAGACAUUGUGGAGACAAGUAAUUGGUUCCCCAUUAGUCACGCCAUCCCUUCACAUGGUUUAAGAAUAGGUAAAGACACAUUCACAUAUGAAGACAAUGUUCCCUCCUGUCCUCUUUCUGAUAUUCUGCAUAGCACCAGGGACAUGUGAAAGACAAGUCUGACUUUUCCUCUCUCUGGGUACCAGGUGACUGAGCCCCAGUUGAGGGAAGAAGUGCAACUACCAACACCAGAGUCCAAAGGGAUACAUUCUAAUAACAAGUAUAUCACAUAAGCAUAUUAUGCAGAUAAGACAGCUUAAUUAUCUAUGUUACCUAACUAAUUCUGAUUCUUCCGCCACAGCCUUCAGAAAGUAUUCAUACCCCUUGACUUUUUCCACAUUUUGUUGUGUUACAGCUUGAAUAAAAAAAAAAAUUAAAUGUAACUUUUUUUGUCACACAAUACCCCAUAAUGUCAAAGUGGAUUUAAAAGCUGCAAAUGUCUUGAGUCAAUAAGUAUUCAGCCUCUUUGUUAUGGCAAGCCUAAAUUAAAUUCAGGAGUAAAAAUGGAAGCCUGUACAAAACAAAAGUAUUCCAAAACAUGUAUCUUGUUUGCAACAAGGCAUUAAAGUAAUACUGCAAAAAAAAUGGCAAGCAAUUCACUUUUUGUACUGAAUACUCAUUUUUAUGUUUGGACACAUCCAAUACAACACAGCACAUUACUACCACUCUCCAUAUUUGCAAACAUAGUGGUGGAUGCAUCAUGUUAUGGGUAUAAAUAAAGAUAUUUAGUAUAAAAAAUAAACUGAAUGGAGCUAAGCACAGGCAAAAACGUAGAGGAAAACCUGGUUCAGUCUGCUUUCCACCUGACACUGGGAAAUGAAUUCACAUUUCAGCAGGACAAUAACCUAAAACACAAGGUCAAAUCUAACCUGGAGUUGCUUGCCAAGAAGAUAGUGAAUGUUCCCGCGUGGAUAAUUUCCAGUUUUGACAAAUCUGCUUGAAAAUCUAUGGCAAGACCUGAAAAUGAUUGUCAAGCAAUGAUCCACAACCAAUUUGACAGAGGUUUAAGAAUAAUUUUUGAAAGAAUAUUGGGCAAACAAACGGUGCACAAUCCAGGUGUGGAAGCUCUUAGAGACUUACCCAGAAAAACUGACAGCUGUAAUCACUGCCAAAGGUGACUCUAACAUGUAUUGACUCAGGGGGUUGAAUACUUAUCUAAUGAAGAUAUAUUAGUGUUUUAUUUGUCAUACUUUCUUCCACUUUGACAUUGGAGUAUUUUGUGUUGUUAUUUAACAAACAAUGACAAUUAAAUCAAUUUUAAUCCCACUUUGUAACACAACAAAAUGUGGAUAAAGUCAAUGGGUGUGAAUACUUUCUGAAGGCACUAUAUAAAUAUAUGAAAUACUUUUGUUUACUUUCUAGCAUUCAAAAUAAUAGAUAUCUCUAAAUCCCCAAAACAUGUUACUACUGAGACAAGCCAAGUACUUUAAACAAUGCAUAAUCCUAUAGUGUUGCAGUAUAAAUGACUUGCAUUGUGUUUUAUCAUUGAUAAACAGUUCAAUAUAAACAAAAACAUGUAUGAUGUGUGACUAUUUGUCAUUUUAUAUUAUUUUUCAUGGUUACAAAGGUGAGGGGUGCAAAUGCCCAGGAAUUCAUUAAUGACCCAACUUAUGAAUGCACAACUAUCUUACGCUAUCAUAUUCCAAAAUAUAAGGUAUUAUUACUCAGGUGUAUAGAAACAACAAAAAUGAAAACAAACACUGAAUAGCUUCAAAAUAUGUUAAAAAUUAUCAUGUGGAUGUCAGUCUUUGUAUCUAUAGUGCUGCCUAGGUAUUUGAGAGGAGCUAGCCAACAUUUUUCUAGCCCCAUCACUCAGCUGUUUACUAAAACAUGGAACGGGAACCACAUUUUGUCGUUUUUCGAAUUGCAGUCUAAAGCUUUAAGGUGGGUAUUAAUAUAUUCCUAAACCUGCUGAACCAGGUAGUAAAUCAAAGUUUGUCUGACAUUUGAAGACCUUUUAAGUAAGUGUAGUGUCAAGAUGAAACCACGUCCCGCAACAUUGCUUGUGUAGUUCCAGCUACAUUUGUCCAUCUCAAACGCAUGGAAAAGAAAGCGCUGAGUAAAACCAUUACAACUUUAUAGAAGGGUCUCAAAGCGCUUCAAAAGCAAUGUCAUUUUGAUGAUAUGGUUUGAUGACUGGCUAGGUUAUUUUCUUUUCGCAACAUAUACAAUAAGGAGAAUUAUGACAAUGGUUAUGAUAUGAUAAUGAUUAUCAUGAUGUUUAGUAAUGUUAUGAUAAUAUGCAGUAUGCAAUGAUCAAUGAAAAUGAUGUUAAACUAUGUACUGUACCUGGAACCCUGACUGAAUAUGAAAUAAUAGGGUCAUUCUAUAUGAAUUCAAACACCUUUUUUACCACGUCCCUUUUGAUUUGAACAAAAGCCCUAUGGCACUAUAAAGGCAGCAUCACUCCUGUAAACGUUUUUUGUUUUGUUCUACUCAGUGACCAGUUUAUUAGGUACACCACCCCGUUCACGAAAAUGCUACGCUCCUACAGACAGUGAGUCACGUGGACGUGGCUUGCUAUAUAAAGCAGGCAGACAGGCAUCAAGGCAUUCAGUUACCGUUCGAUUGAAUGCUAGAAUGGGAAAAACUAGUGACCUAAGGGACUUUGAGCGUGGUAUGAUCGUCGGUGCCAGGCGCGCCGGUUCCAGUUUUUCAGAAACAGCCAGCCUCCUAGGCUUUUCACGUACAACAGUGCCUAGGGAUUACUGAGAAUGGUGCGACAAACAUACAAUCCUGUGGGUGAAAACAGCUCGUUGAUGAGAGAGGUCGAAGGAGAAUGGCAAGAAUCGUGCAAGCGAGGCGGGCCACAAACAGGAAAUUAACGGCGCAGUACAACAGUGGUGUGCAGAAGGGCAUCUCAGAACGUACAACUUGUCGGUCCCUGUCACGGAUUGGCUAUUGCAGCAGAUGACCACACCAGUUUCCACUCCUAUCAGCUAAAAGAAGAAGCGGUUCCAGUGAGUACGCGAUCAACAACACUGGGAAAUUGAGGAGUGGAGAAACAUUGCCUGUUCCAUCGAAUCCCGGUUCUUGUUGUGUAAUGCUGAUGGCAGAGUCAGGCUUUGGCAUAAGCAGCAUGAGUCCAUGGCCCCAUUCUGCCUGAUGUCAACAGUACAGGCUGGUGGUGGUGUUGUAAUGGUGUGGGGAGUAAUUUCCCUGGCACAUGUUCACUCCCUUGGUACCAAUUGAGCAACGUGUAUCUGAACAUUGUUGCUGACCAGGUGCAUCCCUUCAUGGUUACGGGGGUCUCAUCCGGUACUAGAUGUGUACCUAAAAAACUGGCCACUGACUGUAUAUAAUUAUAAAAUAUUAAAGCCACCAUGGCAUAUUAAAGCUGUCAAGCAAGUCAGAUGGAUGGUUGGUUUGGCAAGCUAGCUAACUGGCUAGCAUGUUAUGUUUUGAUUUGAAUGUUGGAGGUUGAGCGGACAAGGCCAAAGCAAGGGUACAAGCAGAGAUGGCAGAGGUAUGCGCAAAUGCUCGGGAAGGCUACUUUGGACUAGCGCCAACAUGCGGUGAGCCUUCCGCUGCCAGGGCAUCACCCACGUGUGUGCUAAGUGAUCAGUGGUGGUCGAGGAGUAGCUGGCUAGCUACCGGCUACAGAGACCAGACUUUGCACUGUUUAACGGCUCUGGAUAACAGUCAUCAUUGCUUCGAGACCGAACCCGUCUGACCGAGGCUUACCCCUGCCUAUGACUGUGAUGCAUCCACUCUCUCCCUCCUCACAUGUACAUUUCCCUUACAAAAAAACUCACCUGAAUUUCAUGUGAUAACAUGUGUUUCAAAUGUGAUCUCACAUGAUCGCAUGUGAUCUUAUGUGAAGUUAAUGUAAUAACGUGACAUGUAAAUGCAACAUGUGAUAACAUGAAACUACACAUGUGAAAACAUGAUCUCAUGCUAAAUAAAUGUGACAACAUGGGAUGCAAAAUUACAACCAUCUGAGUUCGUUUUUCACAUGUGGAAGUGCAAAUUCGAUUUUCACAGACAUUCCACAUCCCACUGGGCACACCACGUCACUUAAAUGUGCAUAAUUGGGUCAUAUUUGGUUAAGAUGAUGAUCAAAGCACAACCAAAUUCCAA